AUGAGAGUCAGUACUUUAAAAUAUGUUCUUUUUUCAAUUAUUAUUUGUUCUUUUGAAUAUGGGAAAAAUGAAUUAUACUAUGUAAAUGAAAGAACCAUCUGUUUUGAAAGGAAUAUAAUAAAUUUUAGUAAUAAUAGGAUAUUAGCAGAUGGAGAUAGCCAAUUUAAUUUACAUGAAUUUUAUGAAUCAACUUCGAGUGUUGAAAAUCAAGUUAAUGACCACGAUAAUGAUGACGAAAAAAAUAUAUCUAUUCGAAAUACUGUAGAUUCACAUGUAAAGAAGAAUAAAAAAAGUAAGAAAUCACUUUAUUCAAAAAAUGUAGAUAAAAAAAGGAAAAAGUUAAUUCAUGGACAUCACAAAGAAAUAGAAGAAAUAGAAGAAAUAGAAGAAACAGAAAAAGAGAUUGAUAAUACAAAUAACAAUAAAUUAGCAAUAGUACCGAUAGAAAAUAAUUCUGUAUCAGAAGAAGAAGACUUUGAAGAAUUGGAAAAUGAAGGAAAUGUCGUAGUGAGUGAGCAUUAUGAGAUCAAUUCAAGUAUCGAAGACGAAUUAAAUGAUAAACUAGAGUUAAAAAAAAUGGUCAACGGAUUAAUUACGAAGGUGGUGUUUUUGAAUAUGCUUGUUUUUGCGUUAUCGGUAAACGAAUGGAUUGAAAUUGGACUUAUUAUUAUGAGUGUAGCCCUUUCAUUUGAAAUAUUUUAUAGAUUUUAUCAAUACCUUAAAUUACGUUUUAAAGUAUAUAAAAGAUCCCUCAAAAAAAAAGAAUCCCCCAAAAAAAAAACAUCAAAUGAAUAA